AUGAUCCUACUCCCUACACUCGUUUUGGCCACUGUGGCUCUCGCCAAACAGGUGGCCUCCCCCAUCGACGACUUCAAAAUGUACGUCAAAGACACUGGAUCCUCGGCGGGCGAGAUGACAGACAAGUGGAUGCUGGAGCUGCUGUUUGGUCUGCAGCCCUCUGCUGACGAUGUCCAGCCUGAGGACUACUUCGCCUUUGACGUCGAUGACAAGGUCGACCUCACUUCCACUCCCUUCGACUUCAACGUUGUCGAUCCUGCCGGCGACACCAUUAUGCGGUGCACAAACGAGGACCAUACCUUCACCUGCACCUACACCGACUACGUGGCUGACAAGUGCGAGGAGGUCACCGGUCAGAUCUUCAUUGAGACCUGGCUCGACAACUCUAACGCUGUCUUUGGUGAGAACUCCAUUCAGGCCGCUGACCUGUCCGCAACCUUUGAUGUUCUGAAAAUGACUGUGUCCAACACCCCUCAGAAGGUCGGCCAGCGUGAUGGUGGUAUCAUCUGGUGGACCAUUGUGUUCCCCCCUACGCCCUGGGCCCGUCUCGAGUUCAAGGAUAUGCUUGACUCUGCCACUCUCUCCUUUAUCAACAAAAACUCCGUCACCAACAACAUGAUUGUCGAGUUUGUUUCUAGUAGCGGCACCACCAAGUACACCGGCCACGCAGCCAAUAGCAAGGUGAAAAUUCAGAGUGUUAGUGGAUCCACCGCCUCUGGCCAUAUCAUCGGCGUUCCCCCUGGUGUCUCCGUCCAUCUCACAAUUCCUUCCAACAUCAUCGCUGAGUCCGACUGCUAUGAGAACAAGGUCAAGUAUGAAUACUGGACCAAGGCUGGAUCUUCAGGAAAGGCUGGCAAGAGCAUUACUGGUACUCACUAUGGCCUUGUUGACAACACGCCCCGCUUCGGCCUCGAAGGAAGUGGUCUUGGUGAUGGUACUGCUUGUGUCGUGAUCACCACCUCCUCUACGCCCGUUGAGACCACUGUCGAGCCCACCAGCACCUCUGACCCUGCUGAGACCUCCUCUAGCAUCCCCGUGACGUCCGAUCCUGUCGAGACCUCUUCCGAGCCUGUUCAGACUUCUUCCUCUGUCCCUGCCGAGUCUUCCUCCGACCCUGUUGAGACUUCCUCCGACCCUGUCGAGACUUCUUCAGAGCCUGUUGAGACUUCUUCUUCUGUCCCUGUCGAGACUUCCUCUGUCCCUGUCGAGACUUCCUCUGUCCCUAUCGAGACUUCCUCUGUCCCUGUCGAGACUUCCUCAGAACCUGUUGAGACUUCUUCCUCUGUCCCUGUCGAGACUUCCUCCGAGCCUGUUGAGACUUCUUCCUCUAUCCCUGCCGAGACUUCCUCAGAGACUGUUGAGACUUCCUCCGAGCCUGUCCCUGUUGAGACUUCUUCCACCCCCAUUGAAACCUCCUCUGAGCCAACUGUCACUACAGAGACCUCCUCCAUUUCUCAGUCUUCCCCUGCAGUCACAUCCGAACCCGUUAUUACCCAGACUAUCACUGACUGUGAUAACGGCUGUGAGCCUGCCACCUCCAUCCCAGUUGUAACUGUGACUGUAACCGAGUGUGAUGAUGGUGGCUGUGUGGUUGUUACGAAGACCGUCACUGAUUGUGAUGACGACUGUGGACCUGCUACCCCCAUCCCUGUUGCCACUCAGACCGAGACUGUUUGCGAUGACGGCUGCGAUACUGAGACCAUUACAUCCAAUAUCACCACCGUGGUUACCCAGACCGUCACUGUCUGCGAGAUGGACACUUGCUCUGAGACCCCUGUGACUCUCACCACCGUUGUCCCCACUAACCAUAUCACCACCACUGUCGUCACUGUGAUUGACAACAAGACUAUUACCGUUGUUCUCCCUUGUGACCCCACCGAUAUUCCAGUCGAGUCUACUCCUAAGCCCCAGCCUAAGCCUACCACCCUGGUUACCAAGCCCCAGCCUUCUCCUGAGAAGCCCGUGGUUAAGCCCGAGCCCACUCCUGAGAAGCCCAUCGUUAAGCCAGAGCCCACCUCUGAGAAGCCCAUCGUUAAGCCCGAGCCCACUCCUGAGAAGCCCAUCGUUAAGCCCGAGCCUACUCCCGAGACGCUUUCCAAGCCUGAGGAGCCUGUCGUUAAGCCUGAGCCUACUCCUGAGGUCCCCGUUACCCCUGGCCCUGAGCCCGAGACUCCUGCUCCCAGACCUGAAGAGCCUACUCCUGAGGCCCCCGUCACCCCCGGCCCUGAGCCCGAGACUCCUGCUCCCAGACCUGAAGAGCCUACUCCUGAGGUCCCCGUGACCCCCGGCCCUGAGCCCGAGACUCCUGCUCCUAGACCUGAAGAGCCUACUCCUGAGUCCCCUGUCACCCCCGGCCCUGAGCCUGAGACUCCCCAGGCCAACUCUGCUACUAAGAUGAAGGUGGGUGCUCUGGUCCUUGCUCCUCUUUUGGCCAUGCUGGUUUAG